UUCCGGAUGGGUUAGCGUUGAUUCAACAAUUCGGGUCAUAAUUUGUGAGGACUACAUAGAUUACUCGACUACUAAGACAAAGCAAUAAAAUCAUAAAUUAAUUACUUUUGUGGUCGAUUUCGUGAAAUUAUUCAUAAAAAUAAUCUCUCCACUCUUUAUAAAAAAAAAAAUUAAUCUCUCCACUCAAACAAUUCCACUUCUCUUAAUGAGUUUUCAUCUAACUCUAUUCAAUUGAAGACACAAAUUCGAGAAACAUGGAUGGAUUAAUGAAUGUAAAAAAACUUGAAAAUUUUGUGAAAUCGCAACAAAAUUCCUUCAAAUCUCUUUUUCAAAGAAAGCAAUCAGGCUCUUUCGCUCUUGCCGUCGAUGAGGAUUCGAAACCUGAAUCCCCCAAAAUCAUUCCCCAACUCUCUCCUUUCGCGAAUUCAGUCGUUGCUCGUUGUUCCAAGGUUCUUGGUAUUUCAACUCAUGAGUUGCAACAUCGUUUUGACAUUGAACUCCCUGAGAGUGUCAAGCAACUUUUCACCUACGCUAGGAACUUCGUUGAAUUUGUCUCCUACCAAACAAUUGAUGUCUUUACUACCCAACCUGAUUUCUUGACUGACAAGGAAUUUCGUCGCUUAACAUACGACAUGAUGCUUGCUUGGGAGACUCCUUGUAUCGAGUUCCACCUAGAAGAAAAGCAUGAAACUUCACCUUCUGCUGGGAGUCAAGAAGAAGAUGAGGAUAGCCCAUCACUGUUUUCUUCAAGCUCUACAAAUAUGGCCAUUCAAGUUGAUGACGCCAAGACAGUUGGUCGAGAAGCUUUUGCUCGUAUAGCUCCAGCUUGUGUUGCUAUUGCCGAUAUAAUAACAGUCCACAAUCUGUUUGAUGCUCUCACGAGCUCUACUUCGGGCCUAAAAUUACACUUCCUCAUAUAUGAUAAAUAUCUUCACACCCUAGACAAGACCAUUAAAGCUACAAAACUCAUACCAAAGCCUUCAACAAAUAAUGUUGAGCUUGACGAUGGAGAGAUUAUCCUUGAUGCUGAUGGUACAAUUCCAACUCAACCCGUUCUGCAACACAUUGGAAUCUCAGCAUGGCCAGGGCGAUUGAUACUCACUAACUAUGCUAUCUACUUCGAAUCAUUGGGUGUUGCUUUAUAUGAAAAGGCUACGAGAUAUGAUCUAGCCACAGACAUGAAGCAGGUCAUAAAACCUGAUUUAACUGGUCCACUUGGUGCUCGUGUUUUCGAUAAAGCCGUCAUGUACAAAUCAAUAGCCAACUCAGAUCCUGUGUAUUUCGAAUUCCCUGAAUUCAAAGGGAACUCCCGACGAGACUACUGGCUAGAUGUCUGCCUGGAGAUCUUACAUGCACACAGAUUUAUCAGAAGAAGUAACCUCAAAGAAGUUCAAGAGUUGGAUAUUCUUGCUAGGGCUUCUCUAGGCAUCCUAAGAUAUCAUGCAAUACGUGAAGCUUUCUCCUUCUUCGCAUCACAGUACAAGAGCCUCUUGGUGUUCAGCCUAGCUGAAAGUCUUCCCAAAGGAGAUAAGAUUUUGCAGACUAUAUUGAGUCGUUUAACACUUCAUAACACAUCGUUGAAUUCUGAUGAAUGUUCGAAGUUGUCACCUACCAAAAGAUCUGCUUCAUCACCGUCUGCAUUGUUAGCACUUAGUCGACUUGGGUUCACCUUAAGUAAGGGAGAAUCAUAUCUUGAGGGAGUAAAGGCAGUUGUAGGAGACCUGAUCGUUGGGGAGAUAAACCCUUUAGAAGUAGUGGUGAAACAAUCAAUGCAGGCUAUUGGAAAAGCUGAAGCUGCCCAAGCAACUGUAGACAAGGUCAAGGUGGAGGGCAUUGACACGAAUAUUGCUGUGAUGAAGGAUCUGCUGUUUCCAGUUACUAAGAUAGUAAAUCGUAUGAAAGUUUUGGCCUCAUGGCGUUAUCCUUUUAAGUCGAUACUGUUUCUAGUUCUGGGUUGCUUUACUAUUUUAAGAGGUUGGACAAGAUAUUUGGCUUCUUCCAUCUUGAUCUAUGGUGCACUGUCCAUAUUUUGGCGAAGACACUUCAAUAAGAAGAAGUCCUUAGAGCCCUUUAGGGUUACUGCUCCAGCCAACAAAAACGCCGUGGAACAAUUGCUGACAUUACAGGAGGCCAUUGCACAAGUUGAAACAUUGGUCCAAGAUGGCAAUGUCAUUCUUCUAAAGAUAAGAGCUCUUCUCUUCUCUAUUCUCCCACAGGCGACAGAGAAACUUGCUAUGAUGCUGAUUUUAGUAGCUAUCAUGUUGAUGAUUAUACCUAUAAGGCAUCUCAUGUUGCUUGUGUUCCUGGAGACUUUUACCAGGGAAAUGCCUUACAGGAAAGAAAGUAGUGAUAGAUGGGCGAGGAGGUUACGAGAAUGGUGGAUUAGAAUCCCGGCAGCUCCAGUCCAGGUUGUUAAAGUUGAUGAUAAAAAGAAGAAAUGAACGACUCUUAAGUAUUUUCAUUUUAUGUCAAUUUGAAAUAGAGAAGCUAAUUGAUGAGGAUCCUACAGAAGUUUAAUUUUUAAAAUACUGAGUGCGAGAUGUGUAACCAACUGUAGAACAAUGAUAUAUUUGUCUUUGAGUUGAAAAUGUAGCCACCAAGUGUUUUUUCUUCUUCAAGUAAUGACAAUAUAGUUAGAAACAAGUUCAACCAAAUAAAACCUCUACCAAGGGACCCUUACAAUGCCACAUUUUAUUAAAGUCAUCAUACAAAAUAAAAGAAAACUAAUCAUAAGGAAGACAAUAACAGAGUUUUACAUUUCACUCUAUAAACAACCUAGUUUGCGACCUGCUGGGCCGCCUUAAAAUCUAUACAAUCAUAGAGAGGAACAACUAUUAUUUGAUGAAUAAUACUUGCCUUGUUAUUGACUUAUGAGCUAGCUAAGAUACAUUCUAAUGAAACACUACCUAUCAGCCAUCUCCACGAACUGACAAGAAAUCAAUGCCUCCACCAUCAACGAAAAAACAAUGCUAGUCGACGAAAGAGGUAAAGACGAGACGAGCGCCUUACAUCUUGAAAGAGAGGUUGUGUGCGCUGGAUGGGACUGUGGGAGGCGAUGUCGGGGAGAGGAGGAGGUUGGGUUUUUCACUUUUUUUUUUGGUUAAUUUUUUAAGUUUGUGCUAAGUGAUGAGAGAGGAAUAAGUGAGUUUGAUGAUUAAUUAAAGUAAUAUAUAUUUGUCAUGUUAUCAUUUAACGGUUAGCUACGAAGGUUGACCGUCAUGUAUGGUAAAGCUAACUGAGAUGCACGGUGAGUGAUCAAUGAUGUAAUGAGGGUUUAAAGUUAGUGACCACUAAUGCAGUUAAAAUUUUAUAGUGACACACAAAAUAAAAUGAUAAAUCCAGU